AUGAGUUUUCGACCUCAAUGAUUCGUCGUGUUACUCAAGACUUCUAUUCACGUAAAGAAUAUCCAAGUGCGAACUCCCUCUGGCAAACAUGUCGCAAUAAUGAAUAUUUUCCUAAAAUUAGCGAAUCAUUGUUUCGAAAGUGGCUGGUGACAAAAUGUAGCUUCAAAUAUCGACUAAUAAAUAAAAAACCUGUUUAUCUUGAACGUACGGACAUAGUUGCCCAAAGAGAAAACUACCUUAGGAAAAUUCGGCAAUAUAGAGCAGAAAAUAGAAAAAUUUAUUUCUCCGACGAGACGUGGGCUUCUCCCGAUAAUACGAGAAAAUAUUGCUGGGAAAUGCUGCUAACAAACCGUGAACGGCAAGAAAUGGACCAGUUUUGGAGUGGCAUGAUUUUGCAGGACAUGAAUAACUGGACAGGAGGAUUUCUGGUAAAAUCUGGAAACGGCAGAGUCAUCAUUAACCACAUAGGAUCCGAGGAUGGGUUUCUGACGGAUGGGGACGAUAUUUUUAUUUCAAAAAAGGACGUUAAAGAUUAUCACGGUAAUAUGGACCAUGUCAGAUAUUUGACGUGGUUUGAAAAGAUCCUGAGUCUCGUGCCACCAAAAUCGGUCUUAGUUCUAGAUCAGGCUCCCUACCACCGCAAAAGGGUUGAAGGAACGCUAAUGCCGAACAUGGCCUCGCUGAAGCAGAAAAUUGUUGAUUGGGUUGUUCAACAUGACAUUCGUCUGCCCGAAGGAGUUGAAAGUUUCCAUAAACUUACCAAAUCAUCACUAAUCGAACUGGCAAAAUCAAAACCCGUGAAACCCAAAUUUAUCGUGGAGAAACUUGCAGAAGAAAGCAACAAGGAUAUAAAAAUACUCUGGCUUCCACCUGCUCACUGCGAGUUUAACCCGAUUGAAUUAAUCUGGGCAAUUGUCAAGGGCUAUAUCGCUAAACAUAAUCCAGGCAAUAAUUUGAACGGAAUAUAUGAAUUGUCGAAGAAAGCGGUAUCAAAUAUAACACCUGAAAUGUGGAGGAAUUGCGUCCAUCAUUCUAUAAAAUAUGAAGACAAAAUGUGGGAAAGGGAUAGAUUGAUGGACAAUUUCUUAGAUUCACCUGCAACGAACUUGAUGACGCCCAUAAUUAUUCCUAUUCGUGAAGAUGACUCAUCAGACUCAGAAUAUCAUACUGAAUCUGAUGAUUUGGAAAGCGAGGACGGGGACUUAGAAUUUUUCGAUAGCUAAUUUCAAUAUGUGAAGGAAGAUACGAAACAGUUGCAAAUCGUGGCCAAUUAUCAUUCUUACAGUGCUACUUCCUUUCGCAUCACUCUCUGGGAAGGCGAUGGUGGUCAAUUAUAGUUGACAGUAAUGUCAUUUAGUUAAAUAAGUUUAAUGAUUAAAUUUUGCUGGACACGUGCAAUUUGCUUCCAUGGUGGUGCUCAUGAUCUGAAAAAGUCUUAGGUAACUAAUUAAAGUAUAAUAUGAACAUAUCGUGUUUUGAUUUCUAAAUAUUUAAUCCCUGAUGAUGACACGAGUGCAGUAUCGAAAACUUGGGAAAUAAAUUCAAUUUCUUCCUUCAA